AUGAAAGAAAUUUUGAAUGUUUUGAAUGUUCUAGAACCUGAACAGAGUUUGAUUGGAAUAAUGAAUAAGCAUAUUAGUGUUUUGGAACAAUGCAUUCACUUUUUAAAACACCUCUUCUCUAAUGACUUCGAUGUUGUGGCUGAUAAUGCAACUAAGACUUCUAGAGCGAUUAAAUUAGAAAUGAUUGGGAAAAUGGAAACAUUGAAAAAGAGUAAGUUUAUUUAA